AUGCCAGCGUUCGCCGCCGACAGCAGCGAUAAUUCCAUCUUCGGACACACGCACGCACCUUUCAGCUUGCCCACGCGAACCUCAGCGGACAAGCCGCCGGCAGGGCGGGAGUAUGCAGAGAAGCAGCCGAAUGGAGACAUAGCGACUAUGAACGGCAAGCUCGCAAACGGGCCGGUAAUGCAGUCGGUGCCGAACGGGCGUCCUAUCCAGCCAUCAGCCUCUGAUAAGCGGAUAUCGCAGACCGAUGGCCCUGCGAACGCUCCCAAACGCUGGAGCGUGGAUUCUCAGAGCCCAUACAAAUCGCCAGAGAGCCGGGGCAACUCGGGCGAGCGAUCUAGCAGGGACGAUGGCUACUUCGCGUCGGUGUACAGCAGUGAGAUGCAGGACGGCUGCAGAACCACUCACGUCAAGCUCGGCACCCUGAGUUCGACCGACGGCACCAAAGAGGCUCGCAGGGACUUCAACCCUCUAAAGUACGAUUCGGACUUAAAGAAUGCGCAGCCGCCGAACCCGCAAGCCAAUCAGACCAACCUGCAGAUCCCCAAUGCUCCUUCGACAUACCGCGUGUCCUCCCCACCGGCCUUCAACCACAGCAGCCCCGACCCGGCCCAGCAGCCGUACCGCUUACAGCACCGCCAUACCUUGGAGGUGCCCAAGGUUUCGACGUCGCGCGCCCGCGACAUGCAGAGCCAGAACAACGCCGAUGACGUAGCGACCGCCAGCGGGAGAUUCUCCCCGAACACCCCCACGCGCCGGAGAGGGUCAAUGUCUCUGGCGCGGCGCGCUACACGGUCCAUACACUCUGAUAUGCACCUCGAUGAGGUGCCACAAGACGAGGAUGCGGCGCGGUGGGCAGAGCAUAUCCGGCAAAAGCGAGCCAGCAAGAGGAAGCGGAAAGAAGACGAAGACGAUGACCGCGUCGUUGUUGGCACAAAGGUGGACCAGAAUCACGUCAAUUGGGUCACGGCCUACAACAUGUUGACUGGCAUUCGGUUUACCGUGUCCAGGACGAAUGCGAAAAUGGAUCGGGAGCUCACCGAUGCCGACUUCGAGGCCAAGCACAAGUUCUCGUUUGACAUAACGGGUAACGAGUUGACUCCAUCCGCCAAGUACGACUUCAAGUUCAAGGACUACGCGCCAUGGGUCUUCCGUCAUCUCCGUACCAUCUUCAAGCUAGAUCCCGCCGACUACCUAGUAUCACUAACGAGCAAGUACAUCCUUUCCGAGCUCGGGUCGCCUGGAAAGAGCGGCAGCUUUUUCUAUUUCUCUCGCGACUACAAGUAUAUUAUUAAAACGAUCCAUCAUGCCGAACACAAGUUUCUUCGGAAGAUCCUGAAGGACUACUACAACCACGUCCAAGCCAACCCGAACACGCUUCUCUCGCAAUUUUACGGCCUUCAUCGUGUAAAGAUACCCUACGGACGCAAGAUUCAUUUCGUUGUCAUGAACAAUCUAUUUCCGCCGCAUCGAGAUAUUCAUCGUACUUUCGACCUGAAGGGCUCCACGAUUGGGAGAGAUUUCCGAGAAGAGGAACUGGAAGCAAACCCGCGCGCAACUCUGAAGGACCUUAACUGGUUACGAAGGAACCUACAUCUAGAGUUUGGGCCCACCAAGAAGAAGGCGUUCAUUGAGCAAAUGCAGAAAGACGUGAAGCUCCUCCAGAGGUUACACAUCAUGGAUUAUUCUCUGCUCAUCGGCAUACACGACCUUGAAAAGGGGAACGAAGAGAAUUUGCGGGACAAAACACUGCAAGUUUUUCAACCAGGUGGAGACAACGCAGAAGAACCCCAGCCGAACAUGCUCAUGCGUACCCCGUCGAAGCUAGAGAGCGCGCGGAAGGCGAAGGAGUUAAGGCACAUGAUCAAGACUCAGAAACCGGUUCCCAUGGAGCAGACGUCGAGCAAGAUGCCCAAUGAGUUGCAUGACCACCAGAGGAACAACUACUUUUACACGGACGACGGUGGUUUCCAGGCUACACAUGAGGAUGAUACACCCGGGGAGGAGAUCUACUACCUAGGGAUCAUUGACUGCCUGACACAUGCAAGUACACUAUACUCGUUCAUCAAACGCAUGGAGCAUUUCAUCAAAGGCCUCAUGAACGAAGAGUCGCAGAUCUCGGCUAUUCCCCCGGAGAGAUAUGGCGACCGGUUUGUUAAGUUCAUCAGCGCCGUUACGAAGACGCGGGAAGCCGCCGAGCGCGAAAAGGCCGAAGAAGCUGCAAAUGCGCUAAACGACCCUCUGCUCUCCGGUGUCAAUAUGACGCAAAGAGACAGGGAGUCCACGGACAGGGUGAUUGAGAAGGCAGAAGGUCAGGCUGAGCGCUCAAGACGGAAAGGUGCAUCCGAGGAAGAUGUCCCAAACCGCGAGAUGCGCAUGAUACGAAGCCCGUCGGCUGAGCGAGGUGAGUUGGGGACUACGCUUCCUGUGGUAGAGGAAGCGGCCGAGUCUUCGAGUACGGGAGGCAGAAGCGCCAGGAGCACUGAAGCGGAGAUCAGACCUCCGCCACCGUUGAAAGAGGAGGAUAGAUCGAGGGAGCACUCACAUGGUCGUCCACCACCCACCCCACCUAAGGACUCCGGCACUGGAACCAACGAAGAACGCCCACCUACUCCUCCCAAAGAUGCCCAAUACGCAAACCGUCACUCCGGGCCGCCCACACCACCCAAGGAGGAGCGAGGGCGAGGGCGUGACAAGGAGCUCCCGCUCCCGCCGCCCAUGGAGAAGGUCGUACGGGUGAACUAG